AGAGCUCACUGUGAAGUCAGCAAGAAGCCUCAGAAGACACAUGAGAGGAGCAGAUUCCUUGUCAGCUCCACUGGUCUCUAAAGCUGGCUGUCCUGUUACAUCACCUACCAUCAGUUCACUUGACGGCAGCAUCUCUGUUAUUUGGGAGGAAAGAAAAACAUUUCGAUUCAGUCAAGAAUUUUGAUGAAUUUAUUGUUCCUAAGACGUAUCCACUUAAAAGUUCUCGAGUAUUUGCUGUCAUCAUCAUGUUGAUGAGAAACUACAAUCGCCAAAUGGGAGGUUUUGCUUUGACCAUCAUGGCCUGGAUACUUUGCUGCAUCUCCAUGAGGCUCCCUCAGUGGCAAAUAUGGCACUAUGAAGAUCCUAUGACUUUCAAGCCUACAGUAGCUUUUGUGGGCAUAUGGAGAGCCUGUGUUCUCCACAAUGGCAACAAUUCCAGCAACAUCAGAAUAUGUCAUCAAUACAACUACCAUGACUCCUUUGUUCCACUGUAUAUUCGAAUAAACCAGCACCUGCUGCUGGUGUCUAGCUUGCUUGGGCUCUUUGGGAAAAUCACCACUAUUAUUGCUCUUUGGACCAUGUUUAUGGGAAGAGUAUGGCGGAAUUCCAUCUGCAAUCCAUUCAGCCUUUCAGGGAUUCUGAAUAUCAACGCUAGCAGCUUUAUUUACUUUGCCGUUUUAUUAAAUUACAUAUCCACCAUUCGCAAAUGGGGGGUUGCCUUUCCACCAUCUUUCAAUAUGCCUUCCCACCCUGACACUCAGAAGAUGGGCAGUGCCAUGGCUCUGGCAAUUAUAUCUGUUGUUUUAUUUCUCUUCAGUGGCACAAUUUUCCUUUCUUCAAAUUUAGCCAUAGGCAAGACACCCCGUUCCAAAAUUUAAAAGUAAAUUGCUAUCUUAUACCACCUUGAAACUCCAGCAAAGAUACUCAAAAUGAUGGCAAAUGUGGCCUGUGUGUGUGUGUGGCAGGGGAGAAUGUUCAAGUUGACCUUCUCAUCUUUUUUUUUGUCUUUUUUUGUUUCCUUAAUUCAUUAUUUGGAUUAUGGGCUUUCAUUAAAUAAAAUCUCAUUUGA